UCAGUCUGUUACUCCAUGAAGUAAGCUACUAGAGCUACUAGAGUACAGCACAGUUUGGUCGAUUAAUUGGUCGUAUAGGGUGAGUUGGUGUCUGGGUAUAAAGGCUUUUGGAUGAAGUGUCGUUUGGGUGAAGUCUUUGGGUUUCACGUCUUUUGAAGUGGUUUCACGUAAAGACGGGUUUUUACAGUGCCCUAGUUUUAUGUUGGUGAAGUGGUUUCACGGAUUCCAAAAUAUUGGGUGAAAUUGUAGAUUGGGUGAAAAAUAAAUUGGGUCUGUUGGUUGGCACCCACGCCAAAACGCCGUAAAAAGUAAAAACACCGAUUUUUUUUUAAAUUUUAUGUUGUGUAUAACUUGAAAUUUCUCAUCAAAUAUUAUUUUAAACAUUGGCUACAAUAAUGAUGUUUUACGGAUACAAUUAUUAUGUGCACAGUUUAAAAUUAGGAACUUGCUUUUCUUUGUACAUGAUUACAAGUGUGAUAGUGUUCAAUUACGUUUAUGAAGCACAACCAAAACCUUUUAUCGAUGAAAUAUUCCAUGUACCUCAAGCUCAAAAAUUCUGUAAUGGAACUUUCAACGAAUGGGAUGCUAAAAUUACGACUUUGCCUGGAGUAUAUUUAAUCUCUGUUGGGGCUCUUAAACCUUUGGCAAGUUUUAUGGACAACGUUUGUAGCGUCUAUGGAUUGAGGUUAACUAAUCUAGUUGCAUGCCUUAUCAAUUUCUAUUUAUUCUAUAAAUUGAUCAAAAGUAUUAACCAUAUUGAAUCAGUUAAGAACAGUUCAAAAGCAUUACUAUGUGGUCUGAACAUGGCGUGUUUUCCUGUUCUAUACUUUUUAUCAUUUUUGUACUACACUGAUGUUAUUUCAGUGUUUCUUAUUUUGCUGACUAUGUCAUUACAUUAUGGUAAAUUGUAUAAUACUGCAGCAGUAACUGGAUUUAUUUCUGUUGGUACUAGACAAACAAAUAUUGUAUGGAUCUUUCUCAUUGCUAUCGAUGGUCUAAUACAGUACCUGAAUCCUUAUAUAAUGAAAACUAAGUUAACACAGAAAGUACAAAGCUCUUCAAAUUAUGUAAAAAUUUUUCUCAUGUCAAUACCUGAAAUUAAAGAUAAGUGGUUAGUUUUUCUUGGGAUAUUUGAACAACUUGGAGGAUACUUGCUUGUUGGGAUUAGUUUCUGUGUGUUUCUGUUUUUGAAUGGUGGGAUUGUUGUUGGUGAUAAGGAAAAUCAUUCUUUUACUGUUCAUAUUCCUCAGAUUUUCUAUUUUUCUCUCUUUUACCUUGGCUUUGCUCUGCCCUUUUGUGUCACUAGAAUAAAACCUUUUCUCUUUUUAUGCAAAAAACAAUGGAAAUUAAUUAUUGUCUUUGUUGCUUCUAUACUUAUCAUUGUUCAUUUCAAUACACUAGUGCAUCCAUUCUUACUGGCUGACAACAGACACUAUACUUUUUACGUUUGGAAAAAAUUAUUUGAAAAUCCUAUACCAUUCCGGUACCUUAUAAGCCCUGUUUAUAUAUUUGGUAUCUACUGUAUCAAUUGCAAUUUGGCUCAUUUAAAUUUUAUUCACAAGUGCAGCUUUUAUGUUCUUCUGGCAUUCUGUUUAGUUCCACAAAAACUUGUUGAGGUUCGAUAUUUUGUAAUACCAUACUUAUUUCUGAGACUUCACUUGAAAGAUGUUCGUUGGUGGCAAUUGAUUUGCGAAUUUAUACUUUAUAAUGUGAUAAACUUUAUAACAGUAUACAUUUUUUUGACUAAAACUUUUUAUUGGAGCGACAGUAAAGAUGCUCAAAGAAUAAUGUGGUAGUAUUAGUUUUCAUAAAUAUAUGCUAACAUGCUUUGUUCAUGAUGCAUUGUGUUCACUAGUCUAAUUUAUUGAAGCAAUAGUUAUUGCAAUAUAAUUUUAAUAAGUAAAAUAAUUCGUUUUGAAAAUGGUCUCAUUAAUUUCUA